CGUCCUGUGUUAUGAAAACAUGGCGCACCGCAGCAGCGGAGGAGCAGGCUGUUCAAGAAGACUGUAAAGUCUAUACUUGACUGAUUUUGAUAAACCAGACCAGUCUAUUAUUUCGUCUGCAGGGACCAGGAACAGAUUCGACGCUUUGUGAGCAAUAAAAAGCUGUCAUCAUGAGCAACAGAAGGAAGCGUGCCCCACCGGUGAGGGUAGAUGAGGAGGCCAAGAAGAAGCUGAACUGGAACAUGCACGAGGACCGCAGGAAUGAGACUCUACUCCAAGAAGAGGAAGACCAGAUUCCAACCAGCUCUUUUCUGUCCACCGGCCACCACAUCCCAACUGCUUCCCUUCUCUUCACCAGCGACCAGAUUUCAACCAGUACCCUUCUUUCAACCACCCAGCAGAUCCCAACUGGUUCUCUUCUCUCAAGCGUCCAGGAGGACUGUGAGGCAAGCUGCUCCAGCUCAGGAGCUCUGUUGUCAGACCUAGGACUAGGAGAGGACCCCCAGCUCCCUGCUUCAUCCUCCACAGACACUUCAUCCUCCACCUUCCUCUCCCUCACUGUGCUGCCUCUUUCUGACCUGGCUCACGUCUGGAAGUCUCUGAUCGGGGAGUUCAGCCUCCGUCCUCCCCCUCUGUGGGUUAAUCCCCCAGGCUGUGACCAGAGGGCCUUCACCCUCCGUAGGACAGGAGAUCAGUUGUGCCUCAGUUUGACCAGCAUCAGCGACGAGAGUAGUACUAGUACAGGAGGACUGGAGCUGAGGCCUCUGGAUAAGACCUGCCCAGUGGAGUGUUUCCUGGCUGGAGGGAUACUAUUGGAGGAGCUGGACUGGCUGCAGAAGAGAAGAGUUGUGCAGCUGUGUCAUCAGCCAGGAGAGGAGGAUAUUAAGGUGGGGAUAUAUGUACUGGAAUCGGGAUUGGGAAAGCCUGAAUUCCUCAGUGAGGGAAACGGACGGCUCAGAAAAGCAAAUCAACUGAUGCAGAAGUUAAUGGAGUUUUACUAUGACUUUAUCAUCCCUGAAGUGGUGGAGACCGAGGAGGAGGAGUGUGACACUGACUUGGAGAGGCAGAAUGUGGAGGAGCUGUAUGAUUACGUCAGACACCUCCACCAGAGAGAGAACCAGGACGUGAACAUAGAUGUACAGCACAAGGCUCUUAUCCCGGUCCUCAGACCCUACCAGAGUCAGGCUGUUAACUGGAUGCUGAGGAGAGAGAAGUACAGGAGCAGUAGCUCUUCUCAAGAACAAUCUCUAAAUUUCCUAUGGAGGGAGCUUGUCACAUUGUGUGGGAAGAAGCUAUUCUACAACCCAUAUACAGGCUGCCUGAUUCUGGAGUUCCCCCUGGCUGGGUUGGAGUGGCCUGGGGGGAUCCUGGCUGAUGAAAUGGGGCUGGGGAAGACUGUGGAGGUCCUGGCUCUUAUACUGAACAAUAGCAGACAGGGCCUGAAGCAGGAGGCCCUCACCCUGCCUCUGGGAAAGUCAGUGAAUUAUUUUGUCCCACCUCCACCACCAGAAGAAGAGGAAAAUAUAAUUCACUGCAAGUCAGAGGCUCAACCGAAAGUGAAAAUAUCCUACCCAACUGUGCGUGUGAUGCUGCUCACAGCAAUAAAAGAGAUGAGGGUUGGUAAAGGAGCGUCGGUCAACGCCAUCUUUGCGUACAUUCGCACCACAUACCGGUACGACCUCUUGAAGAACCGUAACCACAUCAAGAGGGCCCUGGGCAAGCUGCUGGAUGAGGAACUAGUAGAGAGGGUCAAAGGUCGCGGUCUGGCCGGAUCCUUUAAACUGGGGAAGAAAUACAAGGAAACCAAGAAGAAGACCACCACGGCCAAGUCUCAGAGUCCCUCCAGAGACAGUGGGCCCAGGAGAACUUCCCUAAGGCGAGCAGGGAAGAAGAGGAAGACCUCUUAUAAAGACCCUGAUACCCCAGACCUCUCUCCUUCAGAGGAUAUUAGCCAGAGCUGCCUGUCUCCUGACCGUCCUGCUACUGUAGAGGACAGUAAAGAGGAACAGCAGGAGGGACGUCUUGAGAAAGGAAAACGCAGCGACACACUCAGCGCCUCACCGGAUCUGUCAGCUGUUGCGAAGGCAGACCGCCCUGAGGAGGAUGACAAAGAGACACUCCACAACUCCCAGGACAGGAGGGAGUCCGAGGAACAGGAGACGGUGAGAGGGGAUAAAGGGGAAGAUGUCCUUGAAGAGAGUAAGCAGCAACCAGGUCCACCUGCCACUCCUGAGAUGCCGCCCGCCACCCGGGUGUCGUUCACCCCCUUCAACACCACUGACUACCGCUUUGAGUGUAUCUGUGGCGAGCUGGGUCUCAUCGACUACAAGGCCCGGGUGCAGUGUCUCAACUGCCAGCUGUGGCAGCAUGCAGAGUGUGUGAACUACAAGGAGGAAAGCCUAGACACCACACCGUUCUACUGUCCUCACUGCCUGGUGGCCAUGACACCUGUCCCUACAGGAGCAACUCUCAUCAUAUCCCCCUCCUCCAUCUGUCAUCAGUGGGUUGAGGAGAUCAACAAACACAUCAGCUCCUCAUCACUACGAGUACUGGUGUACCAGGGGGUGAAGAAGCAUGGUUUCAUCCAGCCUCACAUGCUGGCUGAGCAGGACGUGGUCAUCACCACCUAUGACGUGCUGCGCUCGGAGCUCAACUACGUAGACAUCCCCCACAGCAACAGUAAGGACGGCCGGCGCUUUCGCAACCAGAAGCGCUACAUGGCUGUUCCCAGUCCCCUAGUGGCCGUGGAGUGGUGGCGCAUCUGUCUGGACGAGGCCCAGAUGGUGGAAUGCACCACUGCCAAGGCUGCAGAAAUGGCUCUGCGUCUCUCGUCAGUCAACCGUUGGUGUGUCAGUGGAACUCCUGUGCAGAGAGGCCUGGAAGAUCUGUAUGGUCUGGUUCUGUUCUUGGGGGUCGACCCCUACUGGGUCAAGUACUGGUGGGACCAGCUGCUCUACCGACCCUAUCGCCGCGGAAACACAGAGCCACUCUACAACCUGAUUGGUCAGCUGCUGUGGCGAUCGGCCAAGAAAGAUGUCAUUGAUCAGAUUCAGAUUCCCCCUCAGACAGAAGAGGUCCACUGGCUGCAGUUCUCUCCAGUGGAGGGUCACUUCUACCACCGGCAGCACGAGGUGUGUUCCCAGGACGCCCUGGUUAAGCUGAGGAAGAUCCAGGACUGGAGCCUGAAGCUGGGCAGCCUGGACAGACGCACGGUCAACACCAUCCUGUACCCCCUGCUCAGACUCCGUCAAGCCUGCUGCCACCCACAGGCUGUCAGGGGAGAGUUCCUGCCCUUCCAGAAGAGCACCAUGACAAUGGAGGAGCUGCUCAAGUCCCUGCAGAAGAAAUGUCGAGUGGAGUGUGAAGAGGUUCACAGGCAAUUGGUGUGCGCCCUCAACGGCCUGGCAGGCAUCCACAUCAUCAGAGACGAGUUUGGUGAGGCAGUGGAAAUGUACAGAGAAGUCCUGAGGUCUUCAGAGGAACACAAAGGACGACUGAAGACUGAUUCAUUGCAGAGGCUUCAUGCCACACACAAUCUAAUGGAGCUGCUCAAUGCAAAGCACCCUGGGAUACCGCCCACUCUGAGAGACGACCGGCUGAAAGAAGAGGCAGAGCAGCUGAGGCAGCACUACAUGACCAAACACAACGCUGAGGUGUCUGAGGCCUACCAGUCUCUACAGCCUGUACUGCAGAACAUCAAGGAGCUCAAACGCAAAGUCAAUCUGCGAUCACCCUGGUGGCUGGACGUGGUACAGCGGGCCAUACAGCACAACGUCGAUGAUGACCUGGUUUCCCGGAUCCAGAACGAACUGACCUGCAGCUACAAACAGCAGGCCAACAAGCUCUCCAUGGCUGACAAGUUCCGAGAUGGGCGUGGCCUGCAGUUCCUGCUCAGCACUCAGAUGGAGAAUCUGACGAAGUCCCAGAAGUCUGUGCAGGACGCGGUGAAGAGGCUGGAAGGCACGCCCUCGGAGGCUGUCAUAGAGGAGACUGUUCUCUGUCACCUCAGACCUGUCCGCCUGCCACUCAAUAACUGUGUGUUUUGCAAAGCGGAUGAGCUCUUCACUGAUUAUGAGUCCAAGCUCUUUUCACACACGGUAAAGGGUCAGACGGCCAUCUUUGAGGAGAUGAUUGAGGAUGAGGAGGGGCUGGUUGACGACCGUCUCCCCACCACCAGUAGAGGGUUGUGGGCUGCCAGCGAGACAGAGCGGGCCCUGAAGGCCAUUCUCUCCUUCUCCAAGGCCCGGCGCAUGGACCACGACCUGGUGGAAGAAGGAAAUACCUUCAUGGAGCUUUUCGAGAACUGGAAGAAAGAGUACAAGGUGUUGCAUGAGUACUGGAUGGUACUUAGGAACAAUGUGUCAGCCAUUGAUGAGCUGGGGAUGGCCACAGAGAGGCUGCGUGUGAGGCUGCCUGAUGAACCCAAACCCAAAGUACUAGUACUGCACAUCAUAGAGCCACACGAGGUGGAUCAGAACAGAGUGAAGCUGUUAAACGAUAGAGCGGUGGCAAAGUCUCAGCUCCAGAAGAAGCUGGGCCAAUUCCUUUAUCUCUCAAAUCUAGAGAAGUCCCAGGACAAGGCGACAGGAGGACUAAACCCAGAACCAUGUCCUAUCUGUGCCCGUCCUCUAGGUCAGGAGUGGGCGGUGCUGACCUGCGGUCACUGUUUCUGUAACGAGUGCAUCGCCAUCAUCGUAGAGCAGUACAGCGUGGGGUCGGGCACGCGGCGGAGGGCCAUCAAGUGUGCCAUCUGCAGACAGACCACGUCCCACGCAGAGAUCUCCUAUGUCUUCACCACCCAGACAGACAACCAGGGGACAGACAUCCCUGUCAAGGGAAGCCACUCUACCAAGGUGGAGGCGGUAGUCAGGACUCUGAAGAAGAUCCAGCUAACUGACCCAGGAGCCAAGUGUCUCGUCUUCUCCACGUGGCAGUGUGUGUUGGACAUCAUUGCCAAGGCUCUGUUUGACAACAACAUGGAGUUCUCUCAAAUCAACGGCAUUCACAAAUUCCAGGAGAAUCUGUGUUCGUUUAAAUACGAGGAGAAGAUCAACAUCUUGCUCCUUCCUCUCCACACGGGCUCCAAUGGGCUCAACAUCAUUGAGGCUACGCACGUCCUAUUGGUGGAGCCCAUCCUCAACCCCGCCCACGAGCUGCAGGCCAUUGGCCGGGUGCACCGCAUUGGACAGACCAAACCCACCUAUGUCCAUAGAUUCCUCAUCAAGUCCACUAUUGAGGAGAGAAUGCAGGCGAUGUUGAAGACUGCAGAGAAAUGCAGCCACAGUGCGACUGCAAUGAAGCACUCGGAGGCUGCAGUCCUGAUGGUAGCUGAUCUGGCUGAUCUCUUCACCGAGGACAGCGAGGCUCUGGAGUAAACCAUGCCACUACCGCACCAGGCCCUGGAGUGAAGCUGAACCUGUCCACCAAGCCACUACAAUACUAAUCCUAACCCCAUCGGGCUACAGCCACAGACGAGGCUGUCGUACAGAUAAACAGGCUCAAAGCUAAGCGCACUGCAUCCAGCACACAGUUUUGAUAGUAGACCAAGCAAGUCUUUCAUUGAUAGUAGACGAACAAUGAUAUUACACUUAGACCCAAUGGAAUCGUUGUUUUGCAUAUUCCACUUUUUAUGUAGCUGUUCCAAUGGCGUCACAUAGUUAUAUGGAUUAAAAAGAAAACGUAGAAAAAGGAAGCUGUAAGUAAAGUACCAAAUAUCACUUUGUGUCUUUUAAACUAUUUAAAGUGACAGUUUAAUGGUCUUGUUAGAUCUCUCUCUCUGGUACAGUAUAUUUAGUUCUCUUGUUGCCACAGAUUGGAAAACUGUGAGGUUUUUAAUGGGUGUAUAUAUGUCUCCCAUCAACACACUCAGAUUCCACCUCAUUCUGAUGAGUAACUGCUUUUAUGAUUCCAUUUGAGUAGAUUUCACUGAAAUGUUGUGAUGUCGUACCUCUCUGUAUUCCCCUCUGCUCACAAUGCAUCUAACAGUAGGUCAUAUAUUAUGUUAAUAGACAUCAAACAUGCUCCUUCUCCACAUGUUGAUAUUCUGAUGAGGGAAAAACAUUCCAGAUGAUGUAAUCACUGUGGUGAUUGGUUGAGGUAUUCCAUCCCUUUUUAAAGAAUAAAAGGCUGACAUAGGACAGUUGUUUAUUAA